AUGAGUGAAGAAAAUGAGAGCAUUUAUUUAAACAAGUCACUGACCGAAAUGGAGCUCUUCAAGAACCUGGUGGAUAUAGACGUGACUGCUGACCGGACCCCACUUCUGAGAUUGUUCAUCUGUCUCGUUUAUUCAGUCGUUUGCGCUGCGGGUCUGGUCGGCAACCUGCUGGUCCUCUUCUUCAUUAGAGUCAAACAAGACAGGAGGAAGUCCAGAGUGAACUUCUUCGUGUUCAACUUGGCCGUGACGGAUCUGCAGUUUGUUCUCACUUUGCCCUUCUGGGCCGUGGACACCGCGCUGGACUUCAGCUGGCCGUUUGGAUACGCCAUGUGCAAAAUCAUCCUCUCGGUCACUGUGAUGAACAUGUACGCCAGCGUGUUUUUCCUCACUGCCAUGAGCGUGACCCGCUACUGGUCGGUCGCUUCUGCCCUAAAGAACAGAACUGUGCAGAGGUCGUGCGGCGCCAAAUGGGUCUGCGCAAUUAUUUGGACACUGGCGACUCUGGCGACUGCGCCCACGUCGAUUUUCUCCACUGUCAGCAGCGUAAAUGGGGAGAAAUUGUGUCUUCUGAGGUUUCCGGGUGGACAGUACUGGUUAGCACUUUAUCACAUACAAAAAAUCGUUGUAGGUUUUGUUUUGCCCAUGUUAAUCGUGUCCAUUAGCUACAUCCUGCUGCUGCGCUUCAUCCGCAAACGGAGCAUGAAAACGAGCAACCCCAAACGGAGAUCCCAAGUCACAAAAUCUGUCACCAUCGUCGUGUUGUCCUUCUUUCUGUGCUGGAUGCCAAAUCAUGCCAUCACCUUGUGGAGCGUGCUGGUCAAACUGAACGCUGCAAAUUGGGACAAGUCAUACUACACAGUUCAUACGUAUGUGUUCCCACUGACCGUGUGUCUGGCGCACACCAACAGCUGCCUGAACCCUAUCAUUUACUGCCUCAUGAGGAAGGAGUUUAGGACCAAACUGAGAGGUCUGAUACACAGAGGAUAG